AUGGCUUUGAAGUAUUGUACGCAUCAUAACAAUUAUGUUUUCAAAUACAAAAAUAAUUUAAGAGUGAACUUGGUCUUCAAUUUGGCACUUCACAACGAAACGGUAAUAGCUGCUCACAAAAAAAAACAGGCAUACACAGAGUACACGAAGAGAAUAACAAAAAUAAUGUCUGGUGAAGAAAUCUGUAUUAUUGUCAUUCCAAAUGAUCUACCUGCUGACAAGGAUGAUAUCGAUCGGAGCGUUACUAAUAAUGGACAACACACGGAAGAAUAUCCAUGUCCUGAGUGUGAACAAUCCUUAGCCAGUCGGUUACGCUAUCAUACCAUUCCAAAACUGAAACUACGGGAGACUAUUUGGAUUCCUACAGAUAAUAACAAAAGCUUUUUGGUCAUUUGUUAUACGGAAUUAGGCCCUCAGUCUGAUGGCAUUCUUGAUGAAUUACGUCGCGCAGAAAUUGGUAUUCGUGGUGAAUCAAAAGUUUUUGUCAUCCCAUUGAGUUGCGCUCUGGGCAUACAAAAGAUCGUAGAAAAACAAAAAACGCUGCCGAAUAGUACAUCUGCAGGCGCCAUGGAUGAACAAUUCCAUGAGAAUAACUUACCUAAAACACCCUUAUCAACCAAUCGCGGACUAUUUCAUCCAUUCCUGAAGAGCAUCCGAGCUCGUUUAACUGUACAUAAAAUUCUUGGGAUCAUUCGACGGCAAAGUUCAUUUACAUUUGAUUAUUUCUUCUUUUGUAUCUUGGCUUCGAUACUUGCAUGCUUGGGUCUUUUGGAAAACAACACAGUAGUUUUAGUGGGAAGUGCAUUACUUUCGCCAUUAAUGGGUCCUAUAAUGGGUUUUGUCAUUGGUAUACGCACUCGUGAUAAGAAGUUAUGGUUCGCUGGAUUGACGUCUGAAUGUUUUGGUAUUUUGACUGGCAUUCUGACGGGAUUUCUUUUUGGAUUAUGCAGUACUUGGUCCGAAACUAAAUGGGGUGGUAGUGAUUCAUUUCCUACUGAUGAAAUGCGCUCGAGGGGUGAUUAUCGCCGUUUAUGGUUUGGUGCUUUGGUCGCUAUAGCUAGUGGUGCUGCGGCAGCUCUAUCUGUUCUAGGUGGCAACUUUGGUUCGUUGGUUGGAGUAGCGAUCAGUGCUUCUCUCCUUCCACCGGCUGUCAACACAGGCUUAUUAUUCCCUCUACUGAAAGGAGGGUUAUGCGUCGGGCUGAUACUACAGAAAAAAACGAGUUGA